GUACCAGAGAUUGCGUAUGACGUCACUCGUCAACUCAUAACGGUUGGUCCGAUAGGGGAGGAGUCGGACGGUCGGUGGACUUCGUUCGUCCUUUCAGACAUCUUCCAGCUAGACCACUGCUGUCAGGCUAAAGAUGGCGGACCUGCAGGCUCAGUUUGAUACAGCAGCAGCUGAGGUGAAGCAGCUGAAGGCCAAACCUUCAGAUGAUGAGAUGCUGCAGAUCUACUCCCUGUUUAAGCAGGCUACAGUGGGAGAUGUAAACACAGUGAGUCGUGGUGGAUGGCUGCUUAUUCUGAGCCAGGAUCCUCUGGAGGUUUCGUCCUGUUUAAAGGGAGUAUUCCUCUCCACUCUCGCUGGAUGCUUGCUUAGUAUGAGGAUUGCAUGUAGACGGGUUGGGCAAAUUCCUACGCACCCUCCAGGAUCCCCCUAAAGGUCUAGAGCUGGUCCGGUGUUCCACGGCCAGGACGAAAACCACAUUGCUCCUCCUGAAUCUGUGGUUCAACAAUCCGACAGACCCUCCUCUCCAGAACCCCUGAAUAGACCUUACUAGGAAGGCUCAGGAGUGUGAUCCCCCUGUAGUUGGAGCACACCCUGCGGUCCCCCUUUUUUAAAUAAGCGGACCACCGCCCCGGUCUGCCAGUCCAGUGGGACUGCCCCUGAUGUCCACGCGAUAUUGCAGAGCCGCGUCAGCCAACACAGCCCCACAACAUCCAGAGCCUAAAUGAACUCCGGGCGGAUCUCAUCCACCCCUGGAGCCUUGCCACAGAGGAGCUUUUUAACCACCUCAGUGACCUCAGCACCAGAGAUUUGAGAGGCCAACACAAAAAGUCCCGAGACUCUGCUUCCACACUGGAAAAGUGUCGGUGUGAUUGAGGGGGUCUUCGAAGUAUUCUGCCCACCAAUCCACAACAUCCUGAGUAGAGGUCAGCAACACACCGUCCCCACUAUACAUAGUGUUGGUAGUGCACUGCUAAAAAGACCUGAUAGGACUCUUUCUUCAGCUUGACAGCAUCCCUAACCGCCAGUGUCCACCAGCGGAUUCGGGGAUUGCCACCACGACAGGCACCGACAAUCUUGCGACCACAGCUCUGGUCGGCCGCCUCAACAAUGGAGGCACGGAACAUUUGCCUCCCCCGGAACAUUUUGGAAGUUCUGUCGGAGGUGGGAAUUUAAGCUACUUCUGACAGGAGACUCUGCCAGACGUUCUCAGCAGACCCUCGCGAUACGUUUGGGCCUGCCUGGUCUGACCGGCAGCCUCUCACACCAUCUGAGCCAACUCACCACCAGGUAGUGGUCAGUUGACAGCUCCGCCCCUCUCUUCACCCGAGUGUCCAAGACAUGCGGCCGCAGGUCAGAUGAAACAACAAAAAAGUUGAUCAUCGAGCUGCGGCCUAAGGUAUCCUGGUGCCAAGAGCACAUAUGGACACCUUUAUGUCUGAACAUGGUGUUCAUUAUGGACAAUCCAUGACUGGCGCAGAAGUCCAAUAACGAAACAUCACUCAAAUUCAGAUCAGGGGGGCCGUUCCUCCAUCCACACCUCUCCAGGUCUCACUGUCAUUGCCCACGUGAGCGUUAAAGUCCCCCAGCAGAACGAGGGAGUCACCGGAAGGAGCGCUCUCCAGCACCCCCUCCAAGGUCUCCAAAAAGGGUGGGUAGUCUGAACUGUAGUUUGGUGCAUAAGCACAGACCACAGUCAGAACCCUUCCCCCCACACGUAGGCGGAGGGAGGCCACCCUCUCAUUCACUGGGGUAAACCCCAACGUACAGGCACCAAGAUGGGGGGCAACUAUAUGCCCACCCCUGCUCGGUGCCUCUCAGUGGGAGCAACUCCAGAGUGGUAGAAAAUCCAACCCCUCUCAAGGAAACUGGUUCCAGAGCCAGAGCCAUGCGUUGAGGUGAGUCCGACUAUAUUUAGUCGGAACCUCUCAACCUCACACACCAACUCAGGCUCCUUCCCCACCAGAGAGGUGACAUUCCAUGUACCAAGAGCCAGCUUCUGUAGCCAAGGAUCAGACCGCCAAGGUCCCCGCCCUCGACUACCACCCGUCACACACUGCGCCCGACCCCUUUGGCCCCUCCCACGAGUGGUGAGCCCAUGGAAAGGGGGAUCCACGUUACCUCUUCGGGCUGCGAUAUCGCAAUAUUAAGCACUGCUAUCGAAUAUCGCAGGUUUUCCUAAUAUCGUGCAGCCCUAGUUGUAAACAACAAAGCGCGCAUGUGUCGCCGGCAACUUCAGCAGAUGAUACGGUGGCUGGUAAGGGUCAUCGCGCCCACACCGCAGCCACGGUAACCCACCGAGAUAAUAUAGUUUUUUUUUUAAAACAAGACGGUUAUUAUUAUUGUCAACUUUUUUACCGGGGUUUACCGCUACACCGGUUACCGUGACAACCCUAGUUCCAGCAGCACCUCCCGCUCCCGUUCUCAUGCUCUUCUAUGUUUCUGAUUCCUAAAACAGGAUGUCCAGACAGACUCCUGAAUUCUGUCAGCGCUUCUCCUCAGGAACAUCCACACUCGACGCUCACCUCCGCUGACUCUGGCGUAGGAGACGGAUUUAAUGCUCCAUGACCGCUCAGACUGCGGUCGCUUUCAAAAACAUCAGAUAUGUGUCGGAAUCAGUACCACAUAUGAACGUGACCUGGAUCAGAUUUGAAAAAAUUGGAUCUGUGCAUUCAGACUGUCAUAAAAAUAUCUGAUAUUGGUCACAUGUGGGGGGGUAUCAGAUUUGAUGAACUUUUGCCUGCAAUGUGAAUGUAGCCAAAUACAGUUUUACUAACCUGAUCUGGAGUGCUUCCUCAAUCCACUUCAGGAAGGCCCUUGUUCUAAAUUUGACUUGGUUAAUUUAAGGCUAAAAGAGCUACAAUGCACUCUUGGAUUUCAUCAUCCAGUAGAUGCCAAAUUCUGUUUCAGAUGAUGGUAAAUCCCCGCUUUUCUAAAUCAUUCUUCCUGUCAGGAAUUGUUGAUAACUCAUCACUAUUCAUCAAAACUUUAAAAGUUUCUUCAUUUCGAAAUCCAUUUUAUUAUUUUAUUUAAUUCCUCUCUUCAAAUAUUAAAUGGUUUUUGAAGCAGAUUUGAAUUGAAUUACCAGAUGAUUUAUUGACAAACCUCGGAAGACUGAUUUUAUCACUCCAGAACAUGUUUGUAAAACUUUCCCUUUAAAACUGAUUAAUCCAAGUCAUCUUUGAGUUUGAAUACAGGUCAAUGUGAAGGAGGACUUCAUACCUUCAGAUUAUAUUAGAUUUGAGUCAUUUCAAUAUAAACUACAGUAUCUCCUAUGAGAAGUUCUCCUUGGUUCUCAAACUUGACUUUGAUAAUAAACUCAAUAAUCUCUAAAACAGAUGGAAUUUCUUCUUGGUUUCUGAAACCAGUGUGUUGUCUCCUUCCAGCUCGUCCAGGGAUGCUGGAUUUCACUGGGAAAGCUAAAUGGGAUGCCUGGGAGAAGCAGAAAG